AUGACACGACCGCCAGUUGUUACUUCAACAAUUAUCUGGUUAUUUAUCGCUACUCGUAUAGUUCUUUCCUGGCCACUGCCAAGAAACGUAUGCAAUUCUCCUUUCGGUCUACGAGACACUACAAAAGCAACGACCAUUGUCGGUACGGGUACUCCUUCUUCAUGUAAUCAAAAUAUACUGGCAAAUGCACUUCUAAAGGGUGGUAUUAUUAGAUUUAACUGUGGCGGAGAACCGGUGAUUAUUGCACUCAAUAGUGAAUUGCAAAUAUCAAAAGAUCAAGAUACUAUCAUCGAUGGGGCUGGUAUGGUAACGUUAGAUGGAUUAAAGAUGACUCGUAUUAUGAAAUUUGAUCGUGGAGAUUUUCGAUAUGCAACACCUACACUGACUGUACAACGUCUUCGAUUUAUCAAUGGCCGAUGUCAAGAUUCAGAUGGUGGAUGUGCUAUUCUACAGAAAAAUGGUGGAACUACGAUUGUUAUCAGUUCUAGUUUUGAGAAUAACAUUGGUCCUACUGUUGGACAAGAUGUUGCCGGUGGUGCUAUUUGGACGUUGGGUGGCGGCGAUACUACUGUAGUUGGUAGUGUUUUUCGUGAUAAUAAAUGCUCAAAUGGGGGAGGACUGGGCAUUCUUGGUAGUGGAUUAUACAUCUACAAUAGUCAUUUUCAAAAUAAUCAGGCAACCGGUAAUGGUGGAAAUCCUGGCAACGGUGGAAAUGGAGGGGCUAUCAGUUUUGAUGGUCGCGGAAGAAAUAAUACUAUUUGCGGAACAAGAUUUACCAAGAAUCAAGCAAAUAAAUACGGCGGUGCAUUCUUUCGUGUUUCAUACAAUGGAGAUGAACAGAACAAUUUCGAUACAGUAUUAGUCGAUAGUAAUUUUAUUACUAAAGGUGAAAAUGGAUUAGCUGGUGGAUUAUACAUUCAAGGUGGCAGCGCAUCGAUUCAAAAUACUAUCAUCGCCAAUAACUCAGCAGAUGGAGCCGGUGGAUUAUUUUUAGCCGACGAGAAAGCUAUUACAUUGAGUGGUGUCAAUUUUUUCGCGAAUCAAGCGCAUAAAGGUCUCGGAGCUGCAAUAUUCUGUUCAAAUCCAGUAUCGGGUUCUUUUUCUGGUUUAACUGUAGCCAACAAUAAUGCAGGUGCAUUCGGGGCAGCAUUUGGAUUUUGUAGUACCUCAGUGACACUCUCAAAUUCAAUCAUCGCAAACAAUACUGUAGGCAAUCCUUGGCCACCCAAUGCCUGUAAUAGUAUGAUGAAUGAUGGAACAGGUGUAAUACAAUCACCAAUUAAUAAACAAAGUCCAGCUACAGGAUCUGAUGCUCCUUGUACCAAUGGAUCAGUCACAAUGGCAAACAAUAUUUCAAUAGCAGUGGAUAAUACUUCAUGGAACAUUCAAGUCAUCGGUGCAAAAGCAGUAAACAAAGGCCUAACGAUUGUGCCUGGAUUGUAA